AGCAGGUCCAGUCUCCGCCAAGCCUAGGUACGCUGCGCAUUUUGGGACUAUGACUUGCGCAGCCUCCCUAUCUCAGACUCACUCAAUCACCACCAAUUCGCCUUCGCGUUUGCUUUCUUCUUCCUAGUCCGGAGAGCACGCUCAUCCUUGACGCCCUCUACUCCUUUUCUCCCGAAGCGAUUGCGAUCCUUCGGCGCCCCUGUGCGUCAUCCGACCCUCCGACUCCAGGCCGGCAAUCGUGGCACACUCCAGUCUUUAACAGUAAACUUACCCUGUGGGCUGUUACUGCCUGUCCUCUUGUCCAGAGUCUGACAUCUACCGCAUAGUUCCAAGGAGGUUAUGGCACAGCAGAGUGCACAAGAUGUGGUAAACCAAUCUCAGUCGGCGGGCGACAACGUUUCGUCCUCCGACGCACCUGCGACCACAUCCACACCUGAUAUCAAAGUUUCUGGGGACGAAAUUGGUGUUGGGGAGGUUGCGCCGAAAGAGAAUGGAACACACACCCUUGCGAAUCUCAAGAUGGACGACUUGGAAGAUGCGUCAGGACGCUCUGAUACCGACACCAGCCGAGCCGAUGGCAGUGUAGCCGGAGACAAAUCUGCGGAGCUGAAAACACUCAAGAAAUUCACUGCUAAACCUGUGAGCUUCGCAAAGUACUCAGUACCCAAAGUUGUUGCCGCGAAUGCUGCUGCCAAAGGCACGGAGAAAGUUGCUACUCCCACGUCGUCCGCUUCAUCACUCACUGCCUCUGGCCGACCACGUUUGGUCGCAAAAACCACCAGUGCUCUGCAAACACAGGGCAAGCCAUACAAGACUGCUACACCGGACCCUAUGCAAGUGUGGAACAAAAAUAGAGUCACGCCCCAACCUUCAACGAAACAUCUCACAGAUGAAGAGCUUAAGCAGCAGUAUGGCAUCCAUUUGACCUCGCGGAUUCAGGCAGAUGGUGAGGGGAAGGAGGCAAAAUGGGCAGAUAUUGAUGACGAUGAGGAUGACUGGGCACCGGAAACGAUCGAAUGGAAUGACGGCACAAAGAGCACAUUGACACCCAUCGAAGUCGUUCCGCAGGCGAAGCAGAAGUCCGCACCCACUUCAGACGCUGACGAGAAGCCCAAGCAGGUUGCGCCUUCCAAGCCCCCAGCACCGCACUUCAUAAGCUCUGUCGGCCCCAAUGCUACAGUACUAAAACUUGGUGCCAACGCCGAAAGACAGCAUUCCCAGAAGGUCGCCAGUCUACAAACAAGGGCUCAGGCAGAGAAAGGCUCGAUGGGUUCUUCGAAGUCGACUCCUGCUGUAGCACCAGCCAAAUCACCAUGGGCAACCUUGCCUCCCGUUGACAAGGUAUCUCCCAUUGCGAUCAAUCCGCAACCUGUAUUACCACCCCAAGGCCGUUUCUCUUCCAACACCUACGUACAACCACCGACAGGCCUCUCAGCACCAUCUCCUGCCACGGAAAUCUCGGCCGAUGACUUUAAUCGUGCUUGGCGGGACGCAGCUCCUGGUCCACCACGCGAGUUGUUUGUACCGACCUCGGGACGAUACGAGGCCGUUCCAGAGGGUCGCAGACGAAUGUCCAGGAAUGACCAAGGCUUCCGAGCUCCUGCUGUACUUCAAAGGCCCAGUCAGGGAGAUCCACAUGCUCCUGCCGAGCCUUCCGCGGCGUUCCAGACACAUCGCACAAGCGCAGAUCAAGCACGACGAAGAGCAUCUUCUACCGUUUCUGGUGGCAGUGGCUCGUUUGGGCGGCGAAUGUCCUUCAAAUCUGGCGAAACACCAACUUCAGUCUUUGGACCGUCCAAGAGUGAUAUUGAGUCCCUCGUUCGACCCAGCUCUAAGGAUGGUCCCUCAUCACAGAUGCAGUUUCCGACUUACCAGUCGCGUGGCGUAACGGAACAGAUGCCUGCAGGCCCUGUUCCAGCAAGUGAUGCCGAUCUCGAGGCGCAACGCGUCCAGCAGAGAGCUUUGAUGAAGGAGAAUAUCGAGCGCGCGAGACGACGCAAGAUUGAAGAAGAGCAACGACUGGAAGCUGAGAAACAGGAACGCAUCAAGCUGAAAUUGGCCACUCUUGGUCCCGACCCCAAGUUGACGAAGAAACAUGCAGAAGAAGAUGUGGCUGCAGGAAAGGAAUCCAAGAAAACUACUGAAGAGACGACAGCGUCUACGGGGCAAGCUAACACUCAUUCACCUCCAAAACCUCCGCAACCUCUAGCCUCUGGCGAGCCCCAGCAAUACGGUAUGAUGAAGGUCCAUCCUCUGGACUCGGUCAAGAAGCUUGGAGGUUCAUUAUCUCGGCAGCAGGAUUCCCAGAAAACGACUACUCGAGCCAAGCUGGAUCCUGCUGGUUUGGAGGACUCUACACAUGAAAUCUUACAUAUGCCUUCUCCCGUGGCAAAUGGCGUUCGAUCUGUUCCAGAGUUGCGAAGGUCGAGUGGCCAAGAGCCGGUCGCGCCUUCGGAGCCGAGUCCGAAAUUACCCAAGCCCAGCUCCUCAGGGAAUGAUGCAAGAAGUGGAUGGGGAGAUUUGCGCCCUGACCACCGUUCGCCACAGGGAGCUAACCUAUGGGGUAUUCCCAGUAAGUCAGCCCUUGGAAACGGCACUUUCGACCAAGGACUGGCGGGCUAUGCUCCACAAGAUCUGUCCAGAACAUCUUCUUCGGCACAAGGCUGGAUAAAUGGGAGGACACCGCAUGCUGGUCGAUCACCACAGACCCAGUACGUGAAUCACACAGUACCUGAAAGUCGAUCGUUCUCUUAUCAGCCUAUUGCCUCACCUGAUCAAGGCCCAUUGGCCGCUGACAGCGAGGCUGACUCACUCUUCCCGACUACCAAGCCUGCCCCUAUCGCCCCUCCUCAUUCUCAACAAGCCCACGCUCCUGGAUCUGCCUACGGCUUCCACAAUGGUCCUAAGGCUCAUGGUGUUGACGCGUGGGCGAAUUUCCAUCAUGUUGCGGGACAACAAGAGCGCGCCGAGAAUGAGAGACUGCAACGUGAAUUGGUGUCUCGGCGAGAAGAAGAGCUGCGCACUGGAGUCCGACAAGGCCCUCAGUACACCUUCAACGAGACUUGGAAGCAAGUACAUGUCGGUGAACAGGCUGGACAGCGGCAUGUCGCCAAUAUUGCAGAGUCAGCCGUGCCUGCGUCCAACCUGUUCGGUGCAGUAGGCAGCAUGUCAGGCACAGAGAUGGGAUCACGAAUGAUGAGUGGGCCUGGAGGACGAGGGUCUCGCUUCUUUCCACAACCAAUUGGGGUUUCGCCACACGACCGACGAGCGUUUACUUACAGCCAUCCCGAGCCACCGCGAUCACCAUCACCACCCCCAGCGGAAGAAUACUCAAGUUUCCAUCCUGCUUUUGAUGGAGACUCACGAAGCCCCAAGGUGCACUUCCCGCCAGCAAAGGCGGUAGUCAGACUCCCCCCAGCCCUGCCGCCUACACCCCCAAGUCCGACCCCAGUCCAGCCAGCUGAUGCGUCAUACACACCGCUGACUUGGGCCGCGAGGGUGUCUCUACCGGUCUCGGCCCCACCGCAAUCGUUCAGAUCUGCGUCCACUCCGAUAGUACAGAACCCAUCUUGGCAAGAGAGGUUCAAUGGACUGCUGGGCAAGAAGUCUUCUCCGGUCCCAGAAACUGCUCAUCCUGCUGGAGCGGUUCUAGCGAUUGCCCCUUCUUCCAGAGAGCCACUCGAUGUGCAACAUGUGCUCGUACCUGCGGCGUCGGUGUCCAUGCCGGUCAGUGUCGAUGCUGGUGUUCUCGUGACAGAAACGUCAAUAGCGACGAAGGAUGUAGAAAGCGAGGAUGACCUCUUUGAGGAUCGAGAACCAGGGUCUCUGCCAAUCAUUGAAUUGCCCACCGGAACACCUCCAUUGCAGUGGGCACCGUCAUUUGCCUCGAGAAUUGCUCCGGCGCCCGUCGAUCCGGUCUCCAGACACGCCUUCAUGGUGAACAAUCUGCGGGAAUGGCACGGCCCAUCGAAACAACAGUACGCCUUGAUUCGCCUCCCAGGGCAAACGAAACCCACCAGAAAAGAUAUUCCAGUGAAGAGCGCACCAACAAAUAGUGGCAGCAGAUCCCAACACCGAACUGGUGGAAAUUCCAACACGACUUCACACCCUGGAAAGCGCGGUAGAAAUCGAGAUGGACCCCGGACUCGACAAGCAUCCAAAGCACACUGAAAUGUACUCCAAGAGUACCUUUGGAGAAAAGAAGUGGGAGUUUCAAGGUGAGACUACGGGCCAUUGCAAUUGUUACAACAAUAUUUUGUGGAAUGGGGACUUGAUGAUAUAUUAUCACACGCCCAUUCGGCAGAAGCAGACGCCUCAUCGUCCAUGUUUCGUGUAUUCCAUGCUUCAUGUUCAUAUUUCAGACAUUGAACAAACCAAACAAUGCCGCGCGAGCCCUGUUUUUCCUUCCAACACAGCACACUUGGGCUUCUAGUAUGGGUUUCGUCCUCUAAUUUUUUAUUUCCGACCUUGUCACAACAUGGAACGGUUCGGAAGAUGGCCGGCGGUGGGAUAGUAAACAUGGGUUAUUUGUGGGGAGUCUGUCAUUUUUUUUUCUUGUCGAUUCCGGUCAAAUCGUUCAUCAGAGGACUGGAAUGGACGGGCUCUGAAAAGUCAAACCAAAGCAAAGCCAGGGCCUGGUCCAUUUGUAUCAUCUAAGCAUUAGUGAAAGGAAUGGUCGGGUUCGAUGCUGUCGUUUUCGUGUGUCUGAGUAAGCCCCCGAUUAAUGGCGGGUUCCUCGUUCACUGUCUACCUACCUAGGUAACCCCCUACCUGACCUACGGAUGCUCGAGCAAACAAAUGAAAAAGACAAGGGACUUGACCCUUUGAAAUGUUAUCCUUACUACCGCAGUCUAUCGUGUCACGUUCACUUUGCGCUUUUCUUUCUCUUCUUCUCGGGGGUGGGGGGGGGUUUGGGUCUUUUUUUCCUCGUUUUCACCAUUAUUGUAUUUCCAAAGCUAUCCAGACUACUCUAUCCCAGGUAGGCAGGUAUGUUGAACAGGCAAGUGGACAGAUGGACAUGGAAAAAUUUGUGUGUCCCUUUUGGAUUCAAUUCGAGGAUGUACCAAACCGGAAUCCUUCCUCCGUCAAGAUUGGUCCUGAAAAAGGAAAAAAGGUUUCAAGAAAGCAUUUUUGAUUGACCUGCGCGGGGAAAGUGAUUGGGGGGGGGGUGUUUUU